AUGAAGACGGCCGUCAUCGCUGCGCCUAUCUCCGCUGUCGCCCUCUCAGCCGCCCUCGCCCUCGUUGCCGUGCACCCGCCAAGUGGUGCCGCUCAGGUCCAGGGUGUUCGUAAUGUCAUCUUCCAGCCCGAUUCGUGUCUAUGGCCCACCACCGCUGCUGGGGUCUGUUUCGAAAAGUGUACCAUCACGUCUUCGCCCGGGGACACUCGCAGACCCGGGGUCUGCAAACCGGAGUCCAUCUAUCUCACCUGCAAGGCACAGACAGACGGUCCCGUUCCCGUCGACGUCGACGUUGGCCCAGAAUCGCGCCACUCGACAUGCCCCCAUGCCUCCAUCCUCAACAUCGACCGUUCAGGACAGCCCCCACGAGCCGCGCUCCCUCGGUCCGCGGGCGAAGCGCCCCUCCUCCUCCCCUCCUCCUCCGCGGUCGACGCACACACGUGCAUGGCCUUCAGGCCCAAGCUGCCCCGCGCUCCGCACCUCAGCCCCCGCUCCUCGGAACGCGCGCGCCCGGCGACGCCUGCGGCCGUCGUCGACGAUGACGACAUCGCCGACAUCAGCGCGAACUGGCCGGCGCGGAGGGCGCGCGGUCGUUGCUGA